AUGAGUGACCUAGAACACAGAUUCAAUGUACCUCAAAUUCUGUGUUACAGCAAGUUGGCAGGGGAUGACAUGGAGAUCAGUGUCAAGGAGUUACAGACCAUCUUGAACAGGUUCAUUAGCAAACACAAAGACCUGCGCACUAACGGCUUCAGCCUGGAAUCGUGCCGCAGCAUGGUGAACCUCAUGGAUCGAGAUGGGAACGGGAAGCUGGGUCUGGUGGAGUUCAACAUCCUGUGGAACCGCAUCCGAAAUUACCUGACCAUCUUCCGGAAGUUUGACCUGGACAAGUCCGGCAGCAUGAGUGCCUACGAGAUGAGGAUGGCCAUUGAGGCUGCAGGCUUCAAGCUUAACAAGAAGCUACAUGAACUCAUUAUCACCCGCUACUCGGAGCCUGACCUGGCUGUGGACUUCGACAACUUUGUGUGCUGCCUUGUGCGGCUGGAGACCAUGUUCCGGUUUUUCAAAAUUCUGGACACAGACCUGGAUGGUGUUGUGACCUUUGAUCUAUUUAAGUGGCUCCAGCUGACUAUGUUUGCCUGAAGUGGGGAUUCGCUCCGCUCCGGUUGCCUUUGUUCUUCCUUUCUUCCUCCGUCAA